CCUCUUGUUGCCGAAUAACGUACUAGGGAUAAGAAAAUGGAGUCGCGAAUCCUAAAUCUUCAAUGGCUCCCUACAGAGAUCUUACUUUUGAUUUUACAAUAUCUUUGUCUCAAUGACCUGCAGAGCCUUGCUUGUGUGAAUGGAAGGUUACGAGAGAUCUCUAUUCCAAUACUUUUUCGCCACGUUCGAUUUACUUUCUCACAUCCUGGCCUUCGUGCUCUAAGAGAUUUCGCGAAGUCUCAAGCCAGCAAACAUGUUAGAAUUCUGACUUAUAGAGCCCCAACGUUGCUGAAACCAAGCCUCUUAGAUUUUGAGUAUUUCAAGUGUGAAAUUCUCACGCCCGAAGCUUAUUCUACAGCGACAAGACAGUUUUAUGGUGAAGACCCUACAGGCACUUUCCCUCCAUAUAUGGAAAUCUACAGUACCAUCAAGCACCUCUGCGAAGAUCAUCAAAGGAUAACGAGGAGGAAGUUCGAUUUAAAAAUGUUGAUAGCCUCUCUCGAACUUCUUCCUCGAAUUAGUGAGCUUUCAAUACAGUUCUGCGAGUCCAUCGAUACAGGAGUCUGGGAUGUCUCAUGCCUUGAUCUCAACAUCUGUGACUUCGAACAGUCCUUCAAUCACCAUGCUCAAACAGUGACUGAAGCUUUGAGGGCUUCCAAGAAUGCAGGGAUUGCUUCAGGGACUAUUUCAUUGGAUUUCUCGGAGGUACCGUUCUGCCUAUAUGAAAGGCCGAUGUUCUCUAGAAUAUCGAAAUCGCUGAAAGGUCUAAUCGAGUUCAGUACGUCCAUAUGUGUGAUUGGAGACAGUACACCUUUGCAGCUAUUAGUCGACACGGGAUUGACCCUGAAAUGCCUUGAGCUAAGACAUCUAAUGAUCAGGUACGAAACAUGGCGCAAACUUCUUGAGGUUAACAGAGAUUCCCUCCAUCGUAUUGCGUUGUAUGACACUGAAAUCUUUGGUGUGGGUGAAGCUGGUUCUUUUUCGUAUGAGGUUUCCCGUCAAAUCCGCUCAAUUAUGUUCUCUGAGUUUCAAUCCACGGUGAAGAAUGAGCCUGGGCAGGAUCCUAUGAUUACGACACCCGGCACCAAUCACGUUUCUCUGGUCUGGAGGAAGGCAUUACAGCCGAUUGAGAGCCGAGAAGAUGAGCACGCCCUCGUAUUUGAUACAGAUGGAGCGAUUUCUCUAACCUUGUUUUCCUCUCUUAAUGGAAGCGAGGCUGGCCCAAGGUCCUCUUCGGGCGAUACCGACAAGACAGUGACCGUCACCUUUCGAGCCUACGAGCGCGGGAGAUGGAAGAAGAUGUGCAGUAUACCAGUCACAAAAUCCGAUAUACGCGAAGCUCAGAGGGUCGCGGAUCAGUACGCGCAGGCGGAGCACCGGAAUGCACGAUUCUAUGACCUUUCUCUCCGGAAAGUUUCCGUUAAUUGGUGUGUUCAUGCAGCGAUCCACGAUGGUACCUUUACUAUUCUCAUGAGUCUGGGAAGAAGUCUGCAUAUAACGCGGCAAUUGAUGGCGUCGGUUGCACAAAUGUUCGGGGUAUACCAGAGAAUAUAAUAACGGCAGAUGAUGUUAUGCAAUAGUGUGAACAAUAAAUAAGGACAGUGCGCUGUGGAAGAG